AUGCCUGAAAAUAAUGAUGGUGCCAAAGUCUGCGCAGAAAAACAUGGGGAUAAUUGCAAUGAUGGGUCAGCUGGUUGCAUAAAUAAUGAGAUCAACAAUGGUGAUGAAGGAGAUGGGAUAGACAUAAACAUGUGUAUGAUGGGUCUGCAAGGAUGCUGUGUAACUCGUAGGGAUUCAUCGCUUGUCAAGACCUGCCAUGGCAUCCACUAA